AGUAUAGUUUAAAUAAGGUCCAAACUAAUGCUAUUUUAUUAUUAUUUGUAUUAUAAUAAUUACGAAAUAAAUUUAAUUGUUAUUCGAAAGAACGUUGUUUGUUAACCUCCUGCAUGCAAUCCAAAAUGAUUUGAUUAACAGCUGAUAUUUUUAUUAACUUUAUCUUCAAUAAUUUGUAAGGUAUUUGGAACUAAUGAACGUUCGAUCAUUACAUAAACUAGUAACUAGAUAAUAGAAAAUUAUUGUUAUCAUUGCACAAAAAUAGAACAGCAUUGACUAGUUCGAGAACUGGUGAAAAGUUGUGUGGUGAAUUAAUGUUGUCAUGACAAUAAUUAUAACUAAGACAGUUUUUCGAAGGUUAUGAAUACAUCGUUGUCAAAAAUUUCAGUUUUUUCAAAUUUUUCACAUCAAAUGACACCGGAUUUUUCAGAACAAAUCGCUGAAACUUACGAACAAAUGGAUACGAAUUGAGUUCAAACACUAUAACGUGAAUUAAUCAAAGAUCAGAACAUAGAAUGAUAUAGAACAUGGAAGAAGUCAAAGCAGAACUCUCAAGGAAACCCCAUCCGUUGGAGAGGAUUAAUAUUUUUUCUCAAAUAUUCUUUUGCUGGUUCCCGGGUUAUCUCUCCAAAGGACUAAAACGCGAAUUGACCGAAGAUGACAUGUACCAAACGAGCAAUCCCCAAAAAUCCGAAUAUCUGGCCGACGUCCUGCAGGAAUCCUGGGAAAAAGAACAGAAAAAAUCGAAACCUUCUUUGAUGAAAGCCAUUUUUAGCGUUUUCAAAUACGAAAUUCUCGUGUACGGCGUAUACAACGCUUUUACCGAUAUAAUAAAGAUAAUACAACCACUACUCAUCUCCAGGCUGGUAACUUUCUUCGAAAAAGACUCUAAAGAUGUUAAUAAAACAGAUAUAUACGUUAGUGCCUUUCUCAUAGUCAUAGUGGCUCUUACUCAAGUUACAUCUGUUCACAAUUAUCAAAUGAGAGUGUUGACUCUAGGAAUGAAAAUUAGAGUGGGUGUAUGCGCUUUGAUAUACAGAAAAGCUUUAAAAUUAAGCAAAAGUUCCUUAGCAGAAACGACGGUUGGACAAAUGGUGAAUUUACUGUCCAACGAUGUAGGGAGAUUCGAUUUUACAGCCCAGCAUAUACACACUUUGUGGCUGGCACCGACUGAAACUGUUAUAGUUAUGAUCGUUUUAUAUUGGUACGUCGGACCUUGUGGUCUAGUCGGCUGCUUCUUCUUCCUAUCAUUUAUACCAUUCCAGAUGUACAUGGCAAAACUAACAUCGCAAUAUAGAUUGAAAACUGCACUGCGAACGGACGAGCGAGUUAGAUUAAUGAACGAGAUUAUAUCCGGCAUACAAGUUAUCAAAAUGUACACCUGGGAAAAACCCUUCGCUAAAUUAGUAGAAUAUGUUAGACAAAAAGAAAUGUAUGAAAUAUACCACACGUCUACAAUCAGAUCCAUAAUGCUUUCCUGUAAUCUGACGAUGAGCCGAAACGCGGUAUUUUUAUGCGUCCUGGCCUACGUCCUGACAGGCAACCAACUCACCGCUUCCUUCGCUUACACAGUAGCUUCGUUCUACGGCUUCCUCAGGGUAUCCGUUACGCAGCAAUUCCCCCAAGGCAUAACUCAAUUAGCGGAGACCAGAGUAUCGAUAUCCAGAGUACAGAAGUUCCUUUCGUACGAGGAAUUGGACAAGGACCCCGCCAAGAUCACGCCUAAAUUGAUCAACGGAAGCAGCGAAAAACCCAAAAAAGAGGACGCCAAAAUCAAACUCAAGAACGUGUCGGUGAAAUGGAUACGAUCCCUGCCGGAAAACACCCUGCAAGGCGUGAAUUUCGACGCCGAAUCCAACCAAUUGAUAGCCAUCGUGGGCCCCGUCGGCGGCGGGAAAAGCAGCCUUUUGCACGUCAUUUUAAAGGAACUGCUUCCGCUCGAAGGCGACGUACAAGUCACCGGAUCCGUGUCGUACGCUUCCCAGGAACCCUGGCUAUUCGGCGGCAGCGUCAGACAAAACAUCCUGUUCGGCAACCCCUACGACGAAAACCGCUACGCGGAAACCAUCAAAGUCUGCGCCCUGGAAAGAGAUCUCUCGCUUUUGCCGCACGGCGAUCGGACGUUAGUCGGAGAAAGAGGAGUAGCGCUGAGCGGGGGCCAACGAGCCAGAGUCAACCUGGCCAGAGCCGUGUACAAAGAAUCGGAUAUUUAUCUAUUAGACGAUCCCCUAUCCGCCGUGGACACGCACGUCGGCAAGCAGCUCUUCAAAGAUUGCAUCACCGGCUACCUGAAGGACAAGUGCGUGGUGCUGGUGACGCACCAAUUGCAGUACCUGCGGCCGGCGAAUUGCAUUUACCUGCUCGAAGACGGCGUUAUCAAGGAGUCCGGCACGUAUCAAGCGCUGAAGAAAUCGGACAGCGCCUUCACCAAGCUGCUCGCCUCCUCCGAGGAGGAGUUCAAGAAGCAGGACAACAGGAAGUUCUCCAGGACCGAAUCCGUCCAGUCCGACAUGGAGGAGCUCGCCGAAGAGGAGGUGGUGGAAAUGAAGAGGGAAGAUCGAUUCACCGGGAAGAUUGACGGGAAAGUGUAUAAGAAAUAUUUCAAAUACGGUGGUGGUAUUCUCAAGACCACGGCGUUGUUUUGUACGUUUACCGCUGCGCAAAUUUUCGGGAGUGUGUCGGAUAUUUUCCUCACAAAAUGGGUUAACAUAGAACAAUGGAGAGUCGAGAACAACCAAUCGUCGAUUAUCGCCUCUAAUGAAACGUUAAACGGAUCGAUUUCGAACAGCACGUCCGAAUCCAUCGAUGCUGACAUGGUUUUUUGGAGCGACAUUCUGAGCGACAACAACGCUCUGCUCAUUUUCAGCGUACUCAUCGUGGGCACCACGAUUCUGGCCGUCACCAGAUCGGUGUGGUACUUCAGGUACUGCCUGACGGCUUCGACGAAGUUGCACAACGCGAUGUUCAACAAGAUCGUCUAUUCGCCGAUGUUGUUCUUCAACACGAACCCCAUCGGCAGGGUGUUGAAUAGAUUUUCCAAAGAUAUAGGGGCUUUGGACGAAACGUUGCCCAAUUGUAUGAUCGAUACCGUCGGGAUUGGGCUGAUAGCAACGGGAACAAUAUUCGUAAUAGCAACGGUGAAUCCUUGGAUUCUGCUACCUGCUGCCGUGGUUAUUGUGAUAUUCUAUUUCAUCAGGAAAGCCUUCUUGGCCUCCAGUCGACAAAUCAAGCGAGUCGAAGCUGUAACUCGCAGUCCAAUUUUUACUCACUUGGCGGCAUCUUUGCAAGGUCUGACGACUAUCAGAGCUUUCAACGCUGAGCGAAUAUUGACCAAAGAAUUCGAUCAUUUCCAAAACGCCUACACUUCGGCGUAUUUCAUGUUUUUAACAGCAAACAGAGCGUUCGGUUUUUGGUUGGAUCUCCAUUGCGUGGGAUUGAUAGGUUUAGUCGUCGUCAGCAUACUAUUCAUUCAAAAUGAAUCUUUUGGAGGCAACGUAGGACUGUCUUUAACCCAAGCCAUCACCUUAUCCGGAAUGUUCCAGUGGGGCAUGCGGCAAUGGAGCGAGCUGGAGAACCAAAUGACGUCCGUGGAAAGAGUGCAAGAGUACUCGGACUUACCCACGGAAAAAGACGCCGACAAUAAAGACCUCCGGCCGAACUGGCCGAGUUUGGGCAAAAUCGAAUUCAGAAAAUUGUUCUUGAAGUAUUCCUCCGACGAUCCUCACGUACUUAAAAACCUGAAUUUCACGAUUAAUUCUAAAGAGAAGAUAGGAAUCGUAGGUAGAACUGGCGCGGGGAAAAGUUCCUUGAUUCAGGCGCUGUUCAGGUUAGCUAACACCGAUGGCGGGAUACUAAUAGACGGGAUCGAUACUAAAAACGUUAAAUUGGACGUACUCAGAUCGAGGUUAUCGAUUAUACCCCAAGAACCCGUUUUGUUCUCCGGUACUCUUCGAAAGAAUUUGGAUCCUUUCGAUGAACAUAAAGACGACGUCCUGUGGAACGCUUUGGACGAAGUGGAACUGAAACACGCAGUAGAAGAGCUACCGGCCGGAUUGGACAGCAAAAUGGCCGAAGGCGGUUCGAACUUCAGCGUCGGUCAAAGACAGCUGGUCUGCUUGGCCAGAGCUAUAAUUAGGAAAAAUAAAAUUCUAGUGAUGGACGAGGCGACGGCCAACAUCGACCCUAUGACUGACUCGAUCAUCCAGAACACCAUCAGGGAGAAAUUCGCCGGUUGCACGGUACUGACCAUAGCCCACAGGCUACAGACGAUAAUGGAUUCCGACAGAGUGCUGGUGAUGGACGCCGGCCAAGCCGUGGAGUUCGAUCACCCGUUCAAUCUGUUGGAGAAGAAAGGCGUUUUCCACGGUUUGGUUAGGAAAACAGGCAGCACGAUGGCGGCCAAUUUGUACGCCAUGGCCGAAGACAACUUUAACAAAAGAAGCCAAACUGCUUAGUUGUAUUAUUAACGAUAUAGGUGAUUUUAGCAUUGUGAUUAAAAUUUUGAUUAAAAAUUUUUAUUUAUAUAAGAAUUAAAAGUGUAUCUUUGUG